AGACUUCUCGGCCGCCCUGGGGACGGCGUCCACUCGGGGCCGCCCCUGCGCUUGCCUUCGGCGCCCGCUCAGCCCAGCGCCCCCGCCGCGGUGCCCGGCCCGGCGCCUGCAUCCCGUCCGCUUCCGAGCGCAGAGCUCCCGCCCCGGGGAGCGUCCCGGCCGUCGGCGGACCCCGCGGCCCGCGAGCUCGGCGCCCUGCUCGCCGGGCAAAGGGGAGGGCGGCGGCCGGCUGGGGAUGGGCGGCCCGGCGGCGCGGAGGGGCGCCGGGGGGCUCCGCGCGCUGCUGCUCUUGCUGGUGGCCGCGGGGAUCCCCGCGGGCGCCUACAACCUCGACCCGCAGCGCCCCGUGCGCUUCCAGGGCCCCGCCGGCUCCUUCUUCGGCUACGCGGUGCUGGAGCAUUUCCACGACAACACGCGCUGGGUUCUUGUGGGUGCACCAAAGGCAGAUUCCAAAUACAGCACUUCAGUGAAGUCCCCUGGGGCUGUGUUCAAGUGCCGUGUCCACACCAACCCUGACCGGAGAUGCACAGAACUGGACAUGGCUCGAGCGAAGAAUCGGGGUGCAUCCUGUGGAAAGACCUGCCGGGAGGACCGGGAUGAAGAGUGGAUGGGGGUGAGCCUGGCCCGGCAGCCCAAGGCUGACGGCCGCGUGUUGGCCUGUGCCCACCGCUGGAAGAACAUCUACUAUGAAACAGACCACAUCCUGCCCCAUGGCUUCUGCUACAUCAUCCCGUCCAACCUCCAGGCCAAAGGCAGGACGCUGAUCCCUUGCUAUGAAGAGUAUAAGAAGAAGUACGGAGAGGAACACGGCUCCUGCCAGGCUGGGAUAGCAGGCUUCUUCACUGAGGAGCUGGUGGUAAUGGGUGCCCCAGGGUCAUUUUAUUGGGCUGGGACUGUCAAAGUACUGAACCUUACGGCCAACACCUAUUUCAAACUGAAUGAUGAAGUGAUCAUGAACAGGCGGUACACCUACCUGGGCUAUGCCGUGACCGCUGGCCACUUCUCUCACCCGUCCACCACUGAUGUGGUAGGAGGCGCCCCGCAGGACGAAGGCAUCGGAAAGGUUUAUAUUUUUAGAGCUGAUCGAAGAUCAGGCACCUUAAUUAAGAUUUUUCAGGCAUCAGGUAAAAAGAUGGGCUCUUACUUCGGCUCCUCCUUAUGCGCAGUUGACCUGAACGGCGACGGCCUCUCUGACCUGCUGGUGGGGGCCCCUAUGUUUUCUGAGAUCAGGGAUGAGGGGCAGGUCACCGUCUUCAUCAACAGAGGAAAUGGAGCCCUCGAGGAGCAGCUGGCCCUGACCGGGGAUGGCAUCUACAAUGCACACUUUGGGGAGAGCAUCGCCAGCCUGGGUGAUCUCGACGAUGACGGGUUCCCAGAUGUGGCCAUUGGUGCACCCAAGGAGGAUGACUUCAUGGGGGCCGUCUAUAUCUAUCAUGGUGAUGUCCCUGGGAUAAUCCCCCAGUACUCAAUGAAACUGUCUGGCCGGAAGAUAAAUCCAGUUCUACGGAUGUUUGGUCAGUCCAUAUCAGGAGGUAUUGAUAUGGAUGGAAAUGGUUAUCCUGAUGUGACUAUUGGAGCCUUCAUGUCCGACAGUGUGGUUCUUGUAAGAGCGAGACCCGUCAUCACGGUGGACGUCUCCAUCUUCCUCCCAGGCUCCAUCAACAUCACGGCGCCUCAGUGUCACGAUGGACAGCAGCCUGUGAACUGCCUGAACGUCACCGUCUGCUUUAGCUACCACGGCAAACAUGUUCCGGGAGAAAUUGGUCUAAAUUACGUUCUGACGGCUGAUGUGGCCAAAAAGGAGAAAGGCCACCUGCCCAGAGUCUACUUUGUGUUGCUGGGAGAGACUGCGGGUCAGGUCACAGAGAAGUUGCUGCUGGCCCACAUGGAGGAAAUGUGUCGUCACUACAUGGCCCAUGUGAAGCGGCGGGUACAGGACGUCAUCAGCCCCAUUGUGUUUGAAGCAGCCUACAGCCUCGGUGAGCAUGUGACUGGAGAGGAGGAGAGGGAACUUCCGGCGCUGACACCAGUUCUCCGCUGGAAGAAGGGACAAAAGAUUGCCCAAAAAAAUCAGACUGUUUUUGAAAGAAAUUGCCGCUCCGAGGAUUGUGCCGCUGACCUGCAGCUUCGGGGUAAACUCUUGCUGUCCAGUGUUGAUGAGAAAACCCCAUAUCUAGCUUUGGGGGCCGUGAAGAAUAUCUCCUUAAACAUCUCCAUCUCCAACCUUGGGGAUGAUGCCUAUGAUGCUAACGUGUCCUUCAAUGUUUCCCGGGAGCUCUUCUUCAUCAACAUGUGGCAGAAGGAGGAGAUGGGCAUUUCCUGUGAGCUUCUGGAAUCGGACUUCCUCAAAUGCAGCGUGGGAUUUCCUUUCAUGAGGUCGAAGUCGAAGUAUGAAUUCAGCGUGAUCUUUGACACAAGCCACCUGUCUGGGGAAGAGGAAGUUCUUAGCUUCAUUGUUACUGCUCAGAGUGGCAACAUGGAACGCUCCGAAUCCCUCCACGACAAUACCCUCACGCUGAUGGUGCCACUCAUGCAUGAAGUGGACACAUCUGUCGCUGGAGUCAUGUCUCCAACCUCCUUUGUGUAUGGCGAGUCUGUGGAUGCAUCCAACUUCAUUCAGCUGGAUGAUCUGGAGUGUCAUUUUCAGCCCCUCAACGUCACCCUUCAGGUGUAUAACACUGGCCCAAGCACCCUUCCUGGAUCAUCUGUCAGCAUCUCUUUCCCUAAUCGACUGUUGUCUGGUGGUGCAGAGAUGUUUCAUGUCCAGGAGAUGGUGGUGGGCCAAGAGAAGGGAAACUGCUCUUUCCAGAGAAACCCAACCCCCUGCAUCAUCCCUCAAGAACAGGAAAAUAUCUUCCACACAAUAUUUGCUUUUUUCACAAAGUCUGGAAGAAAAGUCUUGGACUGUGAAAAGCCGGGAAUAUCUUGCCUAACAAUGCACUGUAACCUUAGUGCUCUUGCUAAAGAAGAAAGUCGUACUAUAGACAUUUACAUGCUGCUGAACACAGAAAUAUUGAAAAAGGACAGUUCGUCUGUCAUCCAGUUCAUGGCCCGAGCCAAGGUGAAGGUGGAUCCUGCCCUGAGGGUGGUGGAAAUAGCUAACGGGAACCCAGAAGAGGUGACGGUGGUCUUCGAGGCCUUGCACAACCUGGAGCCCCGAGGCUACGUCGUGGGGUGGAUCAUCGCCAUCAGCUUGCUGGUGGGAAUCCUCAUCUUCCUGCUUCUGGCUGUGCUGCUCUGGAAGAUGGGCUUCUUUCGCCGAAGGUACAAAGAAAUUAUUGAAGCUGAGAAGAACCGGAAAGAGAACGAAGACAGUUGGGACUGGGUCCAGAAAAACCAGUGACCUGCUCUUCCAGUCCCAUGACCCAAUCACUAGCCUGUCGUCCUUGAUCUUUGUAUCUUCCAUAUUUGGAAGAAAAAAUCUUCUCCAGAUUUUUCGGAGGCCCCACUGAUGCUGUUCUUGUCCUCAUUCUGUCCAGCCCAGGUGCCAGCCUGAGGCAGCCACUGCCACCAGGUCACGUGACCGGAGCCACCACCACUUCCUUUGAAAGAUGAACUCUGAACUUUGGAAAGCGAGCUACAGAGCCGAGCAAUAUUUAUGGAUGCAACAUGCGUGGUCAACCCUCAGGGGAAAACUGUUACCUAAAAGUAUUUUUAUAAAUAUAAGCCUUUUAUACUGAUUAUGUCUUUAUAUUUGUAUCGAUGUUUUAUUAUUUCUAUUAAAUAGUUAUAUAAUUCACUCAAGCACUGAUAUCCGGCCUGAAAUCUUGGCAAUACAUGUACAUGCAUACAAAUUUUUAAUGGAUAAAAAUCUUAUUGUACUUUGGAACUUGCUGUUUAAAAAGACUUGCAGAUAAAAUAAGCUGAAGAAACCUCAUGUAAUGAAUCCACCACGCUGGCCUGCUGCGUACAAACUAGAUGUGGCAAGACCCCUAAGACAUUUCACAUCUUUAUUGCCUGCAGUCAAGUUUGGAGCCAUGUGCUAAAGAACUGUGUUUUUUCAUAUGUACCUUUCAUUGGAAGAUUCCCAGCAGGAACUUGGAUGGAAAACCUGAUUCCGUGCAACAAGUCUGCUCUACAUCACCUUUAUACGGCAGAUAUCUCACCCUCCUUCUACUUGGAUUGAUGGAAUCUGGUCAACUUCAGAAUGGCAUCUCAUUCCAGACGUCAUGCCUCAGAGUUUGCCCACCACAAGGACUAAAUCAGUGCCCCCCAAGCAAAGACUUGUGUCUGAAUGCUGUGAGGUGUUGCCUUUUCCUGGUAAUUUUAGUUCUGAGGUCUCCAUUUCCUCUACUGCUCUUGCUGUCCCAGCGAGUGGUAACUGCAGAUUUCUUCCCAGAGAUGACCAUUCAACCUGACCUUUUUUUAAAAAAAAGUGUCUUAGGUGGAGUUCCCAAGAAGCAGAUCCUGAAACAAGGAUUUAUGUGCAAGUAACAUUAAGGAAGUGUUCCCAGGGGAUCAUGGUAAGGGACUGGGGGAAGUGUUCCCAAGGGAUCAUGGUAAGGAGUAGGGAAAGCAGGACAGGGACGGGGAGGAAGCCAGGCAAAGGGAGGCUUCAGCCUGAUCAGGGGAGCUCUGGAGGGUAAGCAAGGCCUCAGAGUUGUCCCAGCCUGAGGCAAGGGAGGUGAGCUUUCAUAUUCCCCUACCCAGGGCAGAUGUAAACUUUCUGCUAUUAGUUCCUGCUGGAAAAAUGGCUCCAGUAGCUCAGGGGCAAUCCUCUAAGGGAGAGCCGCAGGUACAGUGCCACCUGGGGAGACCCACAGAAAUGAUGCAAAUGUGGUGGUGCUCAAGGGUCUGAUGUCAUACCCCCCCCCCCCCGCGCAUGUGUGAGUGCCAGUUUUGUCCUUCCAUACCCAAGCUCUCUAUUUGACAGUAUUUCUUGUCGGAUGCACAGUGCUGCCCAGUUUUGAGUGCAGUGUGAUUUUCUAAAAGGGCAAGGAGAUGAUGGAUAUAGCAUGCUCAGCACUGCACCUGGCCCACAGCAAGCAAUAACAGUUAACAGCUGUGGCUGCUGUUCCCACUGCCAGAUAACCUUCUGCUAAAACAGAAAACAUGGGCUAAGAGCAGAGUCAAAGAGUCUUAAUGGUUUACUACAACCUGCUGAAGCCCCAGCUUCAUACAGAGGGCAUCAGAUGGGAAUGAAACAAUAUAAAAGACCAGGGAUAUUUCUUAUGGGCCUUGUUUACUAGAGGCUGACAUGUUGGGAGUCUGUGAACAUUUUGAAAAGACACAGGACCCAACUUCAGGGGAGACAAGUUUUCUACACAUAUACAUGGCUAAUACUUGCAAACAUACCUAAACUUUUGGCAAAAUUACAAGGGUGCUAGACAAGUGUGAACCUGGCAUAGUGUGUGUCUUUUGGUUUCUUAUUGUUAUGCAGUUGACUCUGCUGCAGAAAGAUAAUGUCAUGCUUCCCUUCCGGGUGAACCUAGGAAUAGACAGCAAAAGCCAAUGUGUCAAUGGCAUGAACUAAGUUGAUCCUAGAAGUCAGGGAUGUUGCUUCUAACUGUGGGAUGGAGGCACAGAGGUAGCUAAAGGGCAGGAUCAGACAAAGAAAACAAAGGCAAGGAGGUUAGCAGCACUCCUGGGAACAUCUGGGACCAUGCAGAGGUUUAGUAGGUCAUCAAAAUGAUCCAUGUACUGUGUACUGCCCGUAGUGCUAGCGUAGUGGUUUUUGAAAGCUUAUUUAUGACUUUUAUUUGGGGGUAAGGCAUUAUGGCCAGGUGAAUGCAGUUAUGCCUGGGUUACCUGUGAAAGAUAUACCUAGUGAUACAUAUAUCUGGUUCAAACUUCCCGAAAUUCAGAGGUGCUACGAAGAAUUGUCAUUUGGGGCCUUUAGCAGACAAAAGGCAGAAAGUGAGUGUCAUUUUAGUAAUGUUGCAAGUAUGCAAAGUGUUAGUUGAUGUUUUGUUUUGAUAUAUAGAGUAAUAAUACAAACAAUGGAGAAUAUUUUCUGAAACAAAGAAUGGCCAAAAGUAGGAUACAGAGCCAGUACUAUCAAAAUGAACCUUCUGGAGUGUCUUCUGAUU